CAUAACAUGAAACGUAAGACGCUACAUACUGGCGCGCGCGCGUACGUGUGUGUGAUGUGUCCCUGUACGCGUACGUCGUGCCAGGUGUAUGUAAGCAGAGUUGCGCACAAGUCGUAACACGUACAUCAAAACAUACUUUCGAUUGAGACGCGUUUCGGUGGAAAACGAAGAAUCUCGAUGGGCUCGGUUGGCUUUCGGCGAAGAUAAGCAGUCGUUACGCGAUCGUGCGCGAGAAAAAACCGUUUCGCGAACGAAGGGAACGACGGGCAAAUAACGUUUUCCCAUCCAGAGCGUCGAGGUAAUCGGAGGAAAGAGUGAAUUUGAGUGUCGCUGCACAAGCGCGAAGCAGAGAGCGAGGGAAUCAAAGAACGAGAGAGCGAGAGGACGAUAGGACGCUAGCUACGGUGCUACGGUGGUAGUGAAUGGAACGCGGCCCCCACGGGUGAACGUAGUACGACGCUCCACGGGCUAGCAUCGCACCAAUGACCAGCCGGGACGGCCGAUCACGUGACGUGCGUGCCGAGCCAGCAGCAGAACAUUGCAAAUGACAAGACGCGUAGGGCAUUGUCGUCGCGCCGCCGCUGCCGCCGUUCAUAUCGUUGUUGUUGGUGAAUUCGUCGCGCCGCCGCCACCGCCGCCGCCGCUGUCGUUGUUGCCACCGCUGUUUAUGAGAUUCUCGCACGUCGCCGAGACGCCGAGUGUCGUGAACGAUUAGAAAAUCCUGUCCUCGCUGUCGGCACCACCGCUGCUGUCGGCGCGUGUGCGCGACAAAGUCGCGGGUGCUCGCGGAGGCCUCGUGCCCUGAACGGUGCCCGCGGCGCCCCGUCCCUACAAGUACAACACACUCGAUACAUAGUGUACAAAACACACCAGCGUUCCGAGGGCCCGAGUGGCAUCCGUCUAUAUGACAAAAUGUCGGGAUCACAGCGGAUGCGAAAGUCCUCGCCUUGCUCGACGUCGAAGCAAGGCCCAAUGCGCGCGACUCUACCCGUGAGCUCGCUGUUACGGCAAGGCCGACAGGGCAGCAGCCUCAGGAAGAGCAACAGCAACAGUCCCACCGUAUCGCCGACGAACGCGAAUGCGUGGCGGGCCCGCAUCUCGCCGGAGACCUCCUCCUCGGGACAACGAAGCCCCGGUUCUCUCUCUUACAAAGCAAAAUCAAAAACAUUAAGUGGAAGAUGCAGCGAAAGUCUAAGUGGAAACCAAAAUAUUCGGAGGACAGCAUCAUUAGAUACAAUAUAUUUAAAAGGACAAUGGCCCCGUGAUUCAUACAUUCAUUCCAGUUUACUUUUGGUUAAUAAAUCUACUCAGACAGAAGAAUGGUCUAAUGAACCAAGGAAAUUGCAUACUCGUCAUCCUACAGAACAAACUACUACAGAUGAGAAAUUGGAAAAGUACUUCAGGCAUCGAUUACAGCGUACAAAUAAGGAAGGCACCAGCAGUAGGGAACGAACAGCUGUGUUUGGACUUAUAAUGCCUGGUGGGCCACCACCAGCCUUUCCUGCAGAUCAUACAGUACUUCCACCCAGUAUUGCUUCACAAACAUCUAUACACAACCAAUUUAGUUUGAGUACAAAGGCAAGUCCUAUGAACAUCCCUAUGAAACCAAUGAGGCCUCCAAUGCGUUCUUCUAUCGAAGGAUUAAAUCAAGAAAUUGAAGGACUCGUUCUCAAAUCUGCAACUAACCCUAGUGAUCCUGAUCAUCAAGUGGAAGACAAAUAUGCACGAUAUCAUGAACAAAUAACACCAGAAGGGCAUCGUGCACCACUAGCAGACUUACUGAGGGCUACGCGCAGUGUCAACACACAAACACCAGCUACAGACCUUCCCUCCAGUUCUUAUUCUUCAGGCCCUCCAUCUAGGAAUUCUGAGUCUCCACUGAUUCCUGGUCUUAUGGAUGCCUCCCGUCCGCCUAGCGAUCUCUUACAAGGUGGAAGUCGUGGUUCAACUCCUGAGCAAGAUAGAGAAGGACGUCUUGGCACCUCUCCUCAGAUUAAUAGGUUCCUAGCAAGAGAACCACCCGAUGGCUGUGAGAAAGUCAAUCUGAAAUUUUUAGAGGAUGCCAGGCGACCCAUGAUAGAUUUGAGCAAAUUAGAAUAUUGCUCAAAGCCGUGUGUAGCAUUCCAGUUAAAACCUAGCUUGGGAUCAGCGUUCCUGCCAUUACAACAGCCAGCCAGUCCAACGAUGGUUGCAAGUGCAUCACCCUCUUCGCAUACAACACCAACUACACCUCCUCCAAAUCCAUAGUCCUGUUCUUCACCUUACGAAAUAAUGUUUAUAAACCCGAUUGGUAUAUAUAUUUUUUUUUAAACGACCUCAUGGGUAGAAAGUGGUUUACUUUGACACGAAAGCAUAUACCAAUAAGAAAAGAAAAAAAAAGAAAAGUUACCGAAAAGCAGCCUGUUUCCAGUGCGAUUCAACUUUCGGGCAUCGUAAUUGUAUAAUUAGUUAUGAUUGCAUUGAUACAAUAUAUUGAAAAGCAUCUGAGCUCCGUUAAUGUUUGAAACAAUAAUAAAAAAAACGAGGAACAAUAAUUUGUGAUAACUGAAAAAACGACAUUUAGGAAUGAACAUUGUGUUCUACAGGGAAAAAGACUAAAUAAAAUUGUGUAUUCUAAAUUUAGUGCUAAAAUGUGCUAAACGACUUUAGUUUUGUAUACAGGAAUAAAUAUUCAAAAUGUCGGAAAAGUAUUAAAUUUUUGAUUGUUGGGAAAAGCAAAAUUAUACUGAUACAAAAAUGGGUACACGUGCCUGAAUUAUGUACAUUGGUAUACCCCCACUAUGAUGUUCUCAUUAGAUUUGUAUCACUUUAAAAAAUGAUUCAAUUGCAUAGUGAAGCAAAAUAUGCGUUAGAAUUUUGUAUCGUUUUGUAUUAUUACUUGUACGCU